CGUAGUACUCUCUCUCAUCAUGGCCAAGCUUGGAACAAAUGGCAAGAAAAAUGGGGUUGUGACGCUCAAAGUGGUAGCUAAAUUGCUACAAAGGAGUCUCAUUUUGGGAAGGAAGUCAAAUUAUGUCCCAGAAGAUGUGAAGGAAGGGCAUUUUGCGGUGAUAGCUGGAGAUGGCCACGUACCUAAAAGAUUUGUGGUUCCACUUACUUACUUGACACACCCAAGAUUUCUUAGGCUGUUGGAGCAAGCAGCGGAAGAGUAUGGUUUCGAUGGCGAGGGAGCACUGACGAUACCUUGCCGGCCAAGCGAGCUGGAGAAGAUAUUGGGAAGAGAAGGGAGAUUGUAUUGAUGAUGAGGUUGAUGUGAAUUGGGGGUUCAUCCAAUGCCAUACCAAGCUGUUGAAUUGAGCUUUUUUAUUGGA